AUGCAACGGCCGGGAGAUGAUGCGAUGGAGGCGCUUUCACGAUGCAAGCCGGCGACUACGGCCGAGUUCAAUGGGGAGCGGUUGGAACUGGCAAAUGCUGAUUUCUCGGUCAUCGAUCAACAUGCAGUGUGCUGUCCUCGUGAGGAAGAGGAGAGCAUCCCACGGCUGUCAUGGUAUCUUACUUCGGCCUUCCCCGACGAUCAGGUUGCUCAGCUGCGAGCUAUCUUCAAGUGGAUGGCCCACAACAUCAUCUACAAUGUUGCUGGAUUUUUAUCGAACAACUUGGGCGACAACUCGGCCGAGGCGGUCCUCAGGACCAAGACGGGUGUUUGUGCAGGAUUCGCGAACCUGUUUUACGAGCUGGCGGCACCGGCGAACCUGGGAGUCAUCAAGGUGUUUGGAGUCGCGCGCGGAUUUGGUAUCGAGGCCGGAGGCGAGUCGCUUGGAGGCCCACAUGCCUGGAACGCGGUGAUGGUCAAUGGAGAGGGUUUCUUAAUCGACUCGACUUGGGGUGCUGGACCGAUUACUGAAGGUGGCAAGCUGGAUCCGGAUCCGGAAGCUCGAUUCCAGCCACAUUACUUUUUGGUCCGUCCUGAGGAGUUGAUAUUUUCUCAUUGGCCGACUAAUACGCGAGAGCAGUUCUUGGAUCCACCUAUCCAUGUUGAUUUGUACAGAGCGUUGCCAUUCCGGUUUCCGCCCUCUUGGGCGCUGGGUAUUCUCCCGUCGGGGACCUCGGCGACUCAUUCGGUAUGGACAGAUGAUGAUUAUGCAGAAGUGGAGGUUCGGUUGGUCAAGCGAGCGUGGGACAAGACUAUCCCUACGUUGGCCUGUAUACUCACUUGGAAGCCAACGGGCGAGCAGCAUUUUGCACAUGCUCGGUGGUUGCGUGAGGAUGCGGAUUCGGUCUAUAUGACGGUGCGGUGCUUUUGUCCGUCUGCCGGGGAGGGCGAGUUGCGGGUGGCGGGUCAGGCUUCCGACAGUACGACUAACUAUAGUAACCUCGCAUUGUCGUACCGGGUUGUCAACCGCGGCAACGGAGCCAACAUGCAGCCCAUGUUCCAGUCGUACAUGAUGAAGUCGUUUGGGUUCUCGAUCAUGGAGCCUUCGUCGGCUAGGAUCACGAGUGGACAAGGCAAGCAGACGAUUCGAGUCAAGGUGUUCAAUGUCAAACCGGGGGCACAGCCGCGGUUGUGUGUUGUUGGAGGGAUGAUCCCGAUACCGGAUAUUUUGAAGCAGGUCGAGCCUGGGUUGUAUGAGACACAGAAAACGUUGCGGCCGGGGAAGUAUACUAUUGGGCAUAUGGGCGUUGGAAUCGAGUUCCUUACUACCUUUGAAGUCGUCUGA